AUGGGCUCCAGGCUUCCACGGACCGCCUGCCUCCUGCGACUCAUCGGGCUGUGCAUCCUGCUCUCACACACUGCCGCGUACUUUGGGCUGACAGGACGGGAGCCCUUGGUCUUUCUGCCCGGACCCAUCUCCAGUGACGCUCCUCAGGGGAAGUCUCACCUGAAGCAGUGCGAGCAGAUGAGCCUGACGCGGCGGCAGAAGAGGCUCUGUCGUCGGGAACCGGGACUGGCUGAGACCCUGCGGGAGUCUGUCCGCCUCAGCCUCCUCGAAUGCCGCUACCAGUUCAGGAACGAGCGCUGGAACUGCAGCCUGGAUGGACGCGGGAGCUUACUGAAGAGAGCCUUCAAAGAGACCGCAUUCCUCCUGGCUGUGUCUUCGGCUGCCCUGACCCACGCCCUGGCCAAGGCCUGCAGCUCGGGACGCAUGGAGAGGUGCACGUGCGACGACUCCCCAGGGAUCCAGCACCGCGAGGCCUGGCAGUGGGGCAUCUGUGGGGACAACCUCAAAUACAGCACCAAGUUCAUCAAGAAGUUCCUAGGCCAGAAACGAGUCAGCAAGGACCUGCGGGCACAAGUCGACGCCCAUAAUAUUAACGUCGGAAUUCGGGCAGUGAAGAGCGGCCUGAAAACGACCUGCAAGUGCCACGGCGUCUCCGGUUCCUGCGCCGUCCGGACGUGUUGGAAGCAGCUGUCUCCUUUCCACGACACCGGACGACUGCUCAAAUACAAAUUCGACAAUUCAAUGAAGGUCCUGAGCGUCACCAACGCCGCCACAGGGGAAACCGAACUGGCCGGGCCACGGAGACACGGCCAAAACCUACGCACUACUGACAUGGUGUACUUGGAGGACUCGCCGAGCUUCUGCAGACCGUCACGAUAUUCCGCCGGGACGGGGGGCAGGACUUGUGCUAAAGACACCACCUGCCAGAGCCUGUGCUGUGGACGGGGCUACAACACAGCCAUGCGCCUCACCAGUUUGUCCUGUCACUGUCAGGUCCGCUGGUGCUGCCAUGUGGAGUGCCAGACGUGCAUCCGAGAAGAGGAAGUGUACACCUGCAAAAACACAUAG